UUCGGUUGGGUUUACGGUUUCUUCCGACAUCAUGUCCUCCCGGAGGGUAAAACCGGGUUUAAAAGUGAAGCUUGAUGGAGCAGGCACAAGUAACAAUGCGCCAGACAGCUCAGAAGGCUCAACCCCGAGAAAUUUGGAUAAAAGAGGGACACUGACCGUAGGCGAGCGAUCAUUCGUAGUGGAAGCGGAUCACCUUCGAAAGCUAGCUGAUCUAGGUCGAGGAGCAUAUGGCAUUGUCGAGAAAAUGUUGCAUCAACCAUCCGGCACGGUAAUGGCUGUUAAACGUAUCACAGUAACGAGUGGCCUGGGGGUAGCUGGUGGAGCCGGCAGCGUUCAGUCUCAGGAACAGAAGAGAUUGCUAAUGGAUUUGGACGUAUCUAUGAGGGCCAGUGACUGCCGACACACCGUACAGUUCUAUGGAGCAUUGUUCCGUGAAGGCGACGUUUGGAUUUGCAUGGAAGUUAUGGACACUAGUGUAGAUAAGUUUUAUCCUAUAGUGUAUAAACGACCAGGACGCACCAUCCCGGAACGCAUUCUGGGACGUAUUGCGCUUGCAAUAGUCCGCGCGUUGCACUAUUUACACACUGAACUUCGUGUAAUCCAUCGCGAUGUGAAGCCAUCAAAUGUACUCAUGAAUCGCUACGGUCAAGUAAAAAUGUGUGACUUUGGAAUAUCUGGGUACCUCGUUGACUCUGUAGCGAAAACAAUUGACGCGGGUUGCAAACCAUAUAUGGCUCCGGAAAGAAUCGACCCAGCAAGCUGUAGCCGAACGGCAGGAUAUGAUAUUAAAUCCGAUGUUUGGUCGUUAGGUAUAACAAUGGUGGAGAUCGCCACUGGACGUUUUCCGUAUUCCGCUUGGCGAACGCCGUUCGAGCAGCUGAAACAAGUCGUUACAGAUGAACCCCCCAGAUUGCCGAAAGUUGCUGCUGCGGGAGGCGAAGAGUUUACUUCAGAUUUUCAUGCCUUUAUCGAUAACUGUUUGAAGAAACAUUAUCAACAACGUGCCAACUAUGAACAGCUUCUUGCAAUGGAAUUUAUGAAGCGCCACGACGAUGAUGCAAAAUCUGAAACAAGUGAUAUGGCCCAGUACAUUUGCACGAUACUGGAUGAACGUGAUGCAAUUGCUGAGGAAAGCGUGAGCCUUCCGGAGUAAUGUAAUUUUACAAUCUGAAGAUACAAAUAAAAAUA